UGGGCCAGGCCGGCCCGGGGGGCGCUCCUCCCCGCCGCGGUGUUUACAUCCGCCGCCGCUUCCGUCCCGCCGCCGCUGCCCUGCGGCCGCUCCCCGGCCCGGCCCGGCCCGGUCCCCUGCGGCUGCUCCUCCGCUCUCCGCGUCAAUGCGGCGCCGCCGCCCCGCGGCCUGCCCCGGCCAUGGACACCAGCGACCUCUUCACCAGCUGCAAAAAAGGGGACGUGAGCCGCGUCCGAUACCUUCUUGAACAGCGAGAUGUGGAAAUUAAUGUCCGUGAUAAAUGGGACAGUACACCGCUGUAUUAUGCUUGCCUCUGUGGACAUGAAGAGCUGGUACGCUAUCUUCUAGCCAACGGAGCGAAAUGCGAGGCAAACACUUUUGAUGGGGAACGUUGUUUGUACGGAGCUUUGAGUGACGCCAUCCGCCGCCUGCUGAAGGAGUACAAACAGAUCACGGCAAAGUGCAUGAAGAGAGAUUACUACGACGUCUUCCUACAGCGGUUGCUGGAGCAGGGUUACCAAAGCGACAUCGUUUUCAUCGUUCAUGGCAAAUCCUUCUGUGCCCACCGCUGCAUUCUCAGCGCUCGCAGCGCCUACUUUGCAGAAAUGUUUGAGACCAAAUGGAAGGGGAAGAACAUGAUAGUGUUGAAGCAUCCAUUGAUUAAUCCAGCAGCCUUUGGCUCCCUUCUGCAGUAUCUCUACACAGGUCGUCUUGAUAUCGACGUCGAAUAUGUCAAUGAUUGCAAGAGGUUGGCCAAGCAGUGUCGGCUGCAGGACCUCAUAGAAGAUUUGGAGACCAAAUGUAAAAAAGUCUAUGAAUUUGUCUCUUCCAAGCCAGGGACCUGUGUGAAAGUGCUGACGAUUGAGCCCACAGGUAACUGCCGGCUGCAGGAGGAUCUGGCUCUGCUCGCAGACUGCGCCCUGCCAGCCGAACUGCGGGUUGGUUUCGGGGAGUUGCCGUUUGACAGCACUGACAACUUUAACAGUUGUCCCGACGUGUGUUUCCGGGUGGCAGAUUACAACUUUUUGUGCCAUAAGGCAUUUUUCUGUGGUCGUAGUGAUUAUUUCAAAGCCCUUCUUGAAGACCAUUUCAGUGAGAGUGAGGAGCUGCAGACGCAGCCCAGCAUCCCUGUGGUGACUCUCCACAACAUCUCGGAAGACAUCUUCAUCCGGGUCCUCUACUACAUCUACAGCGAUGACACAGAGCUGUCCCCGGAAAACGCCUACGACGUGCUGUGCGUGGCAGACAUGUACCUGCUGCCGGGUCUCAAGCGCCUGUGCGGCAGGACCUUGGCUCAGAUCCUUGACGAGGACAACAUCGUCAGCAUCUGGAGGAUCGCAAAGCUGUUCCAGCUCACCCGCCUGGAGGACCAGUGCACUGAGUACAUGGCAAAGAUCAUCGAGAAGCUGGUGGAGUUGGAGGAGUUUGUGGCUGCGGUGAAGGAGAACGCGGAGGCCGUGGAGGAGCGGCAGGAGACCGACUCCAUUCCUCUGGUCGAUGACAUCCGCUUCCACAUCACCAGCAACGUGCAGACUUACAGUGCCAUCGAGGAAGCCAACCAGAAACUUGAAGCUCUGGAAAACCUCCUGGCCAGUAUAGGGCUUGAGUGCUGAUGUGUGCAAACCCUGCCUGUCACGCAGCCUGCGUUGCCCCCCCGGGCUGCCUUGGAGUGCAAGAACGUUCGAGUCUCUGAAAUGUCUCUUUUCUCCUCCCCAUCCACUUUCAGGCAUGGUCUCUUUUUAAUUUAUUUAUGUCUGGACGUUUGCGUGUCUGGUUUGUGUUUGGUUUUAUUUUGUGUGUGUGGUUUUUUGUUUGUUUUGGCUUGGGUUUUAUUUGUGUUUCUCCUUUCAGAAGUAGCUCCCAAAGCUCAGCCCAAAUCUAAUCUAGUCUAACCCGAUGCGGCUGGAGGGCUGUGAGCUGGUGGGGCUGGGAAGGGGGCUGUUCUGGGGGACUCGCUACUGCCCGCUGUCAGGACCCAUCCUGUCCUCCUGCCCAACAGCGCACUUCUGAAACUGGUUCACGCCAGGAUAUUUGUUCGAUUGCCACCAGCAGAGGAAGAAAACUGGAUUAAACCCUCCAAAUAAGUAUAGUGGAAGGGAGGUGGCCUUGCUUGAACUGUCAGCAUUAUGAGAUCAGCAAAGGUAGGCAGUUCUUCCCUAACAGGGACACAGGAGUACCUGGCUGUGUGGAAGGCGCUGUCUUCACCUGCCGUUGUAGCUCUUAGAUGAAAAAACCAAAGUGAUUUCCAGGUCUUCCGUAGCUUUUCGUUGCUUUGAAGUGCUCAGAAUUUAAUAGCUUGGCUUUCUGAACAAAAAUCUUGGAGAAUACAGUAGAGACCAGAGUCCUUCUGUUCUUAGAAACCCCUUUUCUUCCGAACAGGGGAAGGAAACACCUUCUUCUUGGAAACAGCACUUUUCCCUUUGUUUUUGUCUAUUGUGGUAGAGCAAAACUGACUUGCUGGUGAGUCAGGGAAGAGGGGUCACUGGAAAUCUCUUUUAAAACUAAAAGGAGCCAUUUGGGUCUCUUGCAGGGCUGCUGUGCCACACGUCGACCUUCUGGCUUUGCUGAGCCUUGAGCCUUGUCGCUUCAUUGUUCUCCGGGAGAUUCCCUCUUUGUACUAAUGAAUGUUUUUGAGUCUGUGUUCUGCAGUGGGUCGUGUUAUCUCGUGUUGUCUCCCUAGACUCCUAAUGAGGGUAAUGAUGUUCUUUCUCCUUGGCACCAGUCAGCAGGUGAUAGGGCCUGCGUAAAGCUUGGCUUGCCAGAUAGGCUGAGCUCAAAGCUGUUCAGGAUGGUAUGUUAUGAGUCUCGGGUGUCCCGGGCACACUUUGCCGUGCUUGGAGGGAGAAAAGGUGUACGAAACACACAGAGAAUCUUGCACAGGCAGUGGGGCUGCCAUCACUAAUGCAUAUUGUCAUUUUGGUCACUUUGUGAGGCAAAUAAUAAUUGAAAUAAUCCAUUUCAGGUGUGCUUUUAGUGUUUGAGGUGGGAACUGGGACCCUGUGCAGCUUCAGGGUGGUGUUUUCUGUAAUAGUCACGGUGCUUCAGGUGGAUGAGGAAAGGGUUUGGAGAUCCAGCCGUCAGCAGGGAUUUGCUUCAGGUGUGGAUGUGGGGGUGCGUUUCUCUUUGCUAAUCUCGCUGGGUGAGACACUGAUGCUCCCACAGCAGGUGAGAACCGCAGCCUCGCUGCCCCUGCUCAGAGCACCUGCCUGGACGCUGCAGCUCUUUGUGCACACACGGGCAGCUUUGGGCACCACAGCGAGGAGCAGGCACUGAGGCUGGGCCGCUGUACUCGUGAUAAGCUGGACUUUGGCUAAACCACGUCUCAGGAUUGACUUUCACUCAACAGAAGCUGGCGAGGCAGGAAUGAGGUGCAGCGACUUAACUGGACCGCAGGUGCUUGUGCACUUUGUCAUCUGUGUUUAACUGGUUCCUCUCGCAGAACAAGUCUCUUAGGGGCAGGGCAUGGCGGCUGCAGGGCUAUGCAAGCAGGGCGUGCUUCACUUCUUGUUUCAAAAUGCUUGUGAGGAAGCGCAAUUUGAUUCUCGUGGUUUGUUUGCUGCAGCCCCAUUAGGGUGAGGGAUGAGUCCCUGCAGGGCUGUGUUGCUGUGUGGACGCCGGGAGCAGCAGGGCUGUGCUUCAGUGCGGGGUGGUGACACUGAGAGGAGCUGUGUGUCUGUUUCGUGUCCCUCCGUGUCCAUCUCUAAGCUCGAUGUGGUUUGGCAGGACACCCAAGAGCCCAGCACAGCUUGAACUGAUAAAGGCAUCGCAGUGAACCUGAGGAGGGGAAGAGCUGUUGAGGAAAAGCUUUAAUGUGAAGUCCCAUGUAUAUGGAGAAAGAAAGGUGAAAGCAGAACUGCCUGUUUUCUUGCUCAGCAGAGUGUCAGGCUCAUGAAAUCCUCCUCCCGAAACGGCCAACAGCUUGACCCAGCUGGUCAGGUCCCCUGCAUUCCUCUGCCCUGUGUGGCUGAAGAUGGCACUGAACAUAGAAACAGGAUGUUUAGUUUAUCACAUCCCCUCUUCUGCAUGAAUUCCCCAUCUGGCCUCUUCGUAGUCAGCUUUCCGCAGCGGUCAGAGGCUGUGACAGCUCCGCACGGGGCUUGCGCGGAGCCCCCGGAGCACAGAGCGCGCCCUUUGCCUUCUGCUUGUGCUGAACGAGCCGCAGAAACGGGAUUAGCGAGGAAUGUGCUAACGCUUUUCUCUGCAGAUGCCUCAGCUGCUAAAGCAAAACGGACACUGGUAGUGGGCAAAGCGGGAGGGAGGCAGAGGAGGGGCAGGGGAAGCGUUUUCCGUGUGGCUGCUCUUGAAUAAUUCCAUUCCCGCGGCCUGGAGCGUGGAGCGAGCGAGCCCGCGGUCCUACACGUGGGAGGAAAGGUCAGCGUGGCCUUCUGAUCUGCCCCCCCGGUAGCGCUGUCCCAUGUGGGCUGCCCAGCAAACUCUUGGUCUGUCUGCCUGCACUUAGUGGUCAUAUCUGUGAGGCCCGUCAGAUCGGCCAAUUACUCGGGGUCCCUUAAUCACCCCCCAUCCCUUUUGGCAAAACAGGGCUAUCAAAAGCAUGCGUAAGCAGAUGGUCGGCAUGCAGGCAAGCUCUCUAAUUAAGAUGAGCCACGUCAAAACUUUGAUUUGAAUUCACUUUAUUCUUGCUGCAAAUCAUUUUAUCACAAAAGAAAAACCUUUUGAUUGUGUUUUUCUUCUGUUGCCAGUGUCCUCUUUGUGUUCCGUUGCCUCUGUCCUUCUUUGCUAUUAGCCACUUGUCGAAUUAAGAAGAUUGUAAAAUUUUAUCAGAGCAACAUUAUAUUUAAGAAGAAAUCUGUAAGCAUGUGCGCGGCAAUAAAAUAGUAUAUUUCACUACA